CAGGAACUCAGAGGAUUGCCGUCAGGCUUGGUGGAGGCAUUGUACUCUUAGGAUUUGUGGAGACAGAAUUACCCAUUUCUGCCUGAGGUAGAGGCUAAAGUGUCCUCAUGAUUGUUCAACUGCAAGGUGCACAGAUGCUGCAGAUGCUGGAGAAAUCUUUGAGGAAGUAUCUUCCGGAAUCCUUAAAGGUUUAUGGGACUGUCUAUCACAUGAACCAUGGAAACCCGUUCAAUCUAAAGGCCCUAGUUGACAAGUGGCCUGAAUUUAACACAGUGGUUGUUCGCCCCCAGGAACAGGACAUGGCAGAUGACCUUGAUUACUACACCAACACUUACCAGAUCUUCUCUAAAGACCCCCAGAACUGUCACAAAUUCCUGAACUCCCCAGAUGUCAUCAACUGGAAACAGCAUUUGCAGAUUCAAAGUUCCCAGUCCAGCCUGAAUGAAGUGAUACAAAAUCUUGCAAAAGUUCAGUCUUUCCAAGUCAACCACUCAGAAAACAUCCUUUAUGCAGCAGCGGAGACAAUCAAGAACCUGUUUCCUUCCCUGCUGGAUACAAAGAAUUUAUUGCCAGGUGGUGUCAAGCUCAAGGCCAUCAAUCAAGACAUGUUUAAACUUUCAUCCUUGGAUACCACCCAUGCUUCCUUGGUGAAUAAAUUCUGGCUUUUUGGUGGCAAUGAAUUGAGCCAGAGAUUCAUUGAACGCUGUAUAAAGAAAUUCCCAAGUUCCUGUGUCCUGGGGCCUGAAGGAACCCCUGCAUCUUGGACCCUAAUGGACCAAACUGGAGAGAUGCGAAUGGGAGGCACCAUGCCUGAGUACCGGGCCCAAGGUCUUGUCUCCUUUGUUGUCUAUUCACAAGACAAGCUUAUGAGGAAACACGGCUUUCCUGUUUAUUCUCACACAGACAAAAGCAAUACUAUCAUGCAAAAAAUGAGCCAUUCACUGCAGCAUUUCCGCAUGCCCUGUGCCUGGAACCAAUGGAAGUGUGUGCCUGUGUGAAGAUAGCCUUGCACACGGAUGUAAUUGGAUGUCAGACAAGGGGUAGAGGUGACUAAAAAG